AUGACUCCUUCCUCCUGGACAGCUGACGAUGAUCCUCCGGCUUCGGUGGAUCAGCGCCCCAACUCCAUCAUCGCUCCUCGCACCGACAUGGCAGUCUGUCAAAGCGAUCAACACGAACAAACCGACGUGGUACCACAAGCGGACCACUCUAAGGCUACAUGCUCUACUUUCGAGGAGCGUCGCGGCUUCUUGGACCUCCCCUGCGAGGUCCGCCAGCAGAUUUACCACUACAUCUUUCGAGGCACGCAGUAUGUGCUGGACUCGGAGUGGCUAGGAUGGCCGACCCCGAUCAGCUACUGCACAAAGCACAGCAUUCAAAGAGCUUUGAGAGUCACAUGCACCUGCCGGACAGUGCAUAACGAAGCGGUGGCUAUUCUUGCAAAAGAGGUUCGCUACACGAUGUCUCUGAGAGGACUUGCAAAUAUGGGUGUGCACAACGUUCUUAGGACUGUCUACUUCCCUCAUCUUCAGUAUCUACGGCUGGGUAUUACUCCGGCUGAUUUCGACUCGAGCAUGUUCCCGAAUCUGAAAGAGCUUAGCUUCGCCCAGGACCUUGGUUUGAUGGAAGACUUCUUCGAAGUGGUGGAUAGCUUUCGCUUAUCCGCGAACACAUACAAAGGCGGACCAUCGCUCUGCGAUUUCGUCGCUCCACUGAGCGGUGCCUCUGACGAUGCUAUCAUUGCCCAAGUGGAUGGCGGCUGUCUCUGA